AUGUUUACAACGCUACUGAGCAUUCCCCUUCUCGAGGAAUCCAGGGGACAUUGUACUUGUGCUCGGUUCUCCCCCAAUGGCCGUCUCAUAGCCGUUACUCAAUUGACCCAGAUCCUCAUCUACGACCUGCAAACCAGAGCCAUCCAUUCCAUCAUACCGACAUCCCAUGUGGCUCCUAUCUCUGAAGUAGCAUGGUCACCCGACAACCAGUGUCUCGCUUCCGCAUCAGACGAUUUUACAAUCGAGAUAACCCAUCUGACACACGGUUGUCUCCAUAGACUGAUGGGCCACACAGCACCUGUCAUCUCUUUAACUUACAACGAUUCAGGCAACUUACUCUUUACAUCCUCCAUGGAUGAGAGUAUCAAGAUUUGGGACACGUUCCACGGCGCCAUCCUGAAGACCAUUUCUGCUCAUUCGGAGUCCGUUGUGUCAUUGAGCAUAUGUCCUGAUAGAGACUCCAGCGUGCUAGCUUCUGGAUCCUUUGAUGGGCUUAUUAGGUUGUUCGAUACGAGGACGGGUCAUUGUUUGAAGACGUUGACAUACGAUAAAGAUUGGAAGAGUGACGAUGGGGUGGUACCCAUCUCCCAGGUGAGGUUCUCGCCCAAUGGGAAAUUCUUGUUGGUCAGUUCCUUCGAUGGGAUCGUGAAAAUUUGGGAUUGUGUGAGAGGGUACGUGGUGAGGACCUUUAAACCCUCUGAUGGUGAGAGUGUCGCAUUGAAACAUUGCUGUGGGAUAGAUUUCUUGGCACAAGAAGGCUCAAAUAGCGAAAAACUCCCGACACCCUUGGUGGUUAGUGGGUAUGAGACGGGACAAAUUUAUUGUUGGGACUCGAACACUAAAGAGUUGCUGUAUAGUUCUGCGAACGAUGAUUUGCAUCAUGUCAAUUCCCCCAUUAUGAGCAUCCAUUGUUACAAGAAUUUGAUGUGUAGCUUGUCUCUUAAUGGGGAAUGCUAUGUAUGGCAAUGGACACCCUAA